CCGCUUCCUGCUCUGUCUCUACCUGGUAGGCUUUUUGGAUUUGUUUGGUGUCAGUAUGGUGGUCCCACUGUUGAGUCUUCAUGUCAAGUCCCUUGGAGUAAGUCCUGUAGUUGCUGGAGUGGUAGGCUCCUCCUAUGGUGCUUUGCAGCUCUUCUCCAGCACCUUUGUGGGCUGCUGGAGUGAUGUGGUCGGAAGAAGGUCCUCCUUGCUGGUGUGCAUUCUACUCAGUGCCCUGGGUUAUCUCCUCCUUGGAGUAUCCACCAACGUGUUCCUGUUUACACUGGCUAGAGUCCCUGUGGGUGUUUUUAAACACACCCUCUCCAUCUCCAGGGCCCUGCUUUCUGACCUGGUCACAGAGAAGGAGCGGCCACUGGUGUUGGGGCAGUUCAACACAGCCUCGGGUGUAGGCUUCAUCUUGGGCCCCAUGGUUGGUGGGUAUCUGACGGAACUGGAUGGUGGGUUCUACAUGACGGCUUUCAUCUGCUCCUCUGUCUUCCUUCUCAAUGCUGGUCUCGUUUGGCUGUUACCUUGGAGAGAAACAAACCUCCACAGUGCAGAGAAUGGUUGGAGCUUGGAUCAGAAGCAUGCUACAGCACCCAGAAAAUCUGAAGGUACCCUGCAGGGAGCAGCCACCACCCCUAAGGUCAGGUGGAGUGAGAAGAAAGUGCAGAGGCCCUGGGUUGAAGUCGUGUCGGCCUUGAAGGACAUGAAGAGCCUCAUAUUUUCUACACUGUGGGACAUCUUUCUGGUGCGCUUGUUGAUGGGGGUGGCCGUCAUGCUGUACUAUAGUAAUUUCGUCUUGGCCCUGGAGGAGCGCUUUGGGGUGCGGCCCAAGACCACAGGGUACCUCAUCAGCUACACCAGUGCCCUGGGUACCCUGGCUGGCUUCGCUGUGGGGCCCAUUCUACGGCUGUACAAGCACAACUCGUACAUGGUCCUGCUGCACUCCAGUGCGCUCACCUGCCUGCUGCUGCUGCUCUACUCCGUGGCCAGCACCAUGCACGUGGUGGUCUUUUCCUCUACACUUCUGUCCUUCUCCACCAGCAUCGGGAGAACCUGUGUCACUGACCUCCAGCUGAGUGCAGGCGGGGCCCAGGCCAGUGGCACUGUCAUAGGUGUGGGCCAGUCUGUGACAGCAGUGGGCCGUAUCAUUGCCCCUCUCCUUUCAGGAGUGGCCCAGGAGAUCAGUCCCUGUGGCCCCCCAAGCCUGGGUGCUGCUUUAGCCCUGGUGGCUAUUUUAAUCAUGUCACUAAACAAACCACAUUCCAGUGGGGAUGGGAGUAAGGUCCUAAAAAGGGAGUAGGAUGGAUUGGGACCAAUUGGAGAGGCAGAAUUAGAACUGGGCAAAUCGGGGACAAAGACUGAUCAAAAGGGCGUUUCAGAGAGGGUGGGUCAUCUAAGUGCAGUCAUUUCCAGGUGGCUGUGGCCAGUCCUCAGCUGCACAGGGAUGCCAGCGGGACCACCAGAAGUCAGCUGCAGAUAGGAAAAUUUUGAUUGAGCACAGCUCUGCCAAGGGUCACAGCUCUGCCAGGCAUCCAUAUCUGCAGCUGAAUGGCUUCUCUCCCACCUGGGCCAGUGAAGUUAGUAUUUGCUACUGGGGAAAGGUAGCAUGCUACAAAGAUGUGAAAAUGGUGAUCCCAUGAAAUGUCCCAAUGAAAAUAGGUGCUGUGUUAAUCGAAUGCUCGUCACCUCUCUGAAGUGCAGGUUUGCCACUAAACCCAGGAGCUUGGAGGAGCUGCUUUAUUUAAACCAACCUGUACUUUCUCCACCAGUAAAAAAAAAAAAUCGGAUGCUGAGCUCACCCCCAGACAUGUGGAUGCACAGGCCCUGCAAGACCAAAUCUGGGGUUUUAAGCUCCAGUGGCCAUUUCUCAUGGAGGGGGAGGAGCACUGUGAGCUGUACUAGUUUCAAUUGAAGUAAAAGCCAGAGACAGCACUGUUUUAGUAGCUGACUGCACAAGCACCUAAGCUUACAUCUUGCCGCCAGCUGUGGUAGCCCACCUUUCUCACCACUCAGGAAUAGUCUACAUUAGAAAGAGGCAGCUUUCCUGAUGGCUUCUCUACUCUUUGGGGCUAAAUCACUAGACUUUGGGAAGAUCUGUGAUCCCAGAUGCUGGGGCUCUGGGGAAUUCUGUCAUCUUGGUGUUAACAUGCUAGCCAUUAAGAAAAAACACAGAGUGCUGUUGAAACAGAUGUUCUAUACAGAGAAAGGGUCAAGGCCAUCCCAGGCCCGGGAGAGAUGGCUCUACUGGGCUUUUGAAAGCCACUCAUUUGCUUCAUUUCAUUUUACUCUGGUGCCUGGGAAGAGCCAGGUUGACUAAUGAGAGUGUGGAUAUGUCCUUCCCUGUGACUCUAAGCCACCACUCUACCAGCACCCAGGAGAGGUCCAGGAUAGGACUUCACAGACUCACAUGGGCCAGCCUGUUGACCACGGGGGUUACAUUGAUUGUUUAGGAGCACUGUCUAGGGCCCUGCCCUCUCACAAACAUUCCAAAUUCGCAUUCCUUUUAAUCCUCUUGAUUAUUCCAAUAGUAUGCCCAUUUUCACCCUAAUAUAACAUAUAAUCAUAACUGGUAUUUUAAUGCACUAGUAUUUCAUAACUCUAAUGUUUACUAUUUAUAAAUCAGAAAAGGUGUUUCCACAGUUUUAAAAGUUGUAGGUGGGAUAAACUCAAAUAUUUAUGAGAGUUGAAAGUACUUUUUAAGCUUGAAUGUCAUCCCUUUUCCUCUUCCACUACAAAAGAAAAGGAAAAAGUUCUUUUUAAAGUUGUUUCCACUGUGAAUUUAGCACAGAAGCCAAGAACUCUUAAGAGACCAAAGCAUGGCAUGAAUGGCCAUGCCCUCAUGCAGCAUCUAAAUGUCAUGGAGACUGGGUACAGAAAGACCAUCAAUGUAUCAUCCUCAUGACGUAAUGAAGGAAGUUUUCAGAAGUGUUUCUCCAAAGACUCUGCACUCAGAGAUGGUGUGGUUUACCACAAAUGGUAUGGUAGCCAUGUUUGUUUAUUAAAACCAUAGCACUUUAUUUUUGAAGCCAAACCUAUAAACUUAAUGAGGCUUUAAAAUUAAUAAGACACAUGGAGGUUCUGAAAAACAGAAUCAACCAGGAUCUAGAGAAACACUAUUGUCCUGUAUUGGUAACCUUAGUGAUUCAUUAAUCUGAUGGUUGUUUCUUGGUUUGUCUGCUUUGGUAAACGUUUCCUUAUUUUAUUUCAUCUUGUCUAGUGUCUUGUUAAAGUAUGAUCUAUAGACCUCCAUGUCCUGGGAUAUAUACAUCCCUCAGCCCCAACACAUUCCUGCUAGGGACCACUUUGAGGAGCUGUCUAGCUGAUUUGUGUACAUAGAACGCUUUGACAGCCCCUGGUCUGGUGAGUGGAAUUUAUGUUUUAUGGGAUAAAAAUCUCAGGGGAAUUAAAUCUUCUCAGUUAA